AGUAUCUUUCAUUUCCCCCAAGGCCACAGACUGGCCUGCUUUUCCAGCCCCGUCUGCCGGAGCUGUGUGUGAGGGAGACGUGUAUAAAGCCCCCGUCCUCUCUCCGUCUCUGCCAGAAGCCUGGUUUUACUCCCCAGGGUGAAGAGUGGACACUGCGGCCAUGCUCGGUGGGAUUCUGCUCGGCCUGUCGCUGCUGCUGCUGCCCCCCCGUGCUGAGGUCAGCGCCCCCGCCAGGUCAGCCCUGCCGGACCCCGACCGCCAGCCAGCGCGCCCGACGCCAGGAGGCAGCAGGGCUGUGAGAGAGGAGGCAGUGACAACCACAGAUCGGGAGUCAGAGGUGGGGGACCCUCUCUCUGUCCUGCCCGUAGAGGCCACAGAGGCCCCCUCUGUGCCGGGCCUGGGGCGCUGUCCUGGCACAGCGGGGUGCAGGGAGCCCUUCCUCAGCGCGGUUCGCCAGAUCUGGGGCGAAGGAGGUCGAGCCGAAGAGGAGAGGGUCUCCGCGCAGUUCGGGAUCUGCCCACCGGGGGGCGCCACCUCCGGUGGCCUGCUGAAAGCAGUAUCUGCGCUGGCUGCCCUCCCAGCCCCCCGAGGGAGAGACGCAGACGGGCUGCCAGCUCUGUCCCCCACGAAAGCGCGCUGGGAGGAGCUGGAGGAGAGGGGCAGGGGCAGACUCACCCUGCACUUCACACUGCCGCCCCCACAGCGCCCUCUGCUGCCCCAGACCAUGCCCCUGCUGCUCUUCUCCCCCCGGGGCCCCCCUGUGAGCGAGGGGGAGGCGCUGCGGGUCUCUUUCACAGCGCACACCCUCCAUCCGCACACGCAGACUGUGUGCGUUUCCGUGGACACACAAUUCGUCGCUCUGAUUGGAGGGCAGGCAGCAGGCCACGCCCACGGGCACCUGGUGUUCCAGGUCACCAUAGAGACGCACCGUGCAGGUGAUGGCAAAGGCCCAGCUCUUUCUCUGUCAGAACUGCAGGGGUUCCUCUUAGGGGAAGAUAAAGAACGCAACACCACCCAGAACCCUGUGCUUCUGCUGCUGCCUCCAGUGGGACAGGGGGAAACUGUUGCAGAGAGCCCCGAAUCUCUCACUGGGAACAACAGAGUGCGGCCUGAGCCGAGCCCCGCCCCAGGGCCAGCCGGGGACUCGGACACGUUCCUCUUCCUGAACCAGCUGCAGGACUUCCUGAGGGAGGCCCUGCCCUCAAGCCGCGUGUCCGCGCCCGAGCCCAGCCCCGGGGGGCCCCCGGGGACCCGCUCCUCCGCGCUGGACGGCCUGCGGUCUCCGCCCCGCGCCCCCCUGGACACAGGGAGGCAGUACCGCGCGCUGCUGCUGGUGGUGGCGCUGCGGACCGUCCUGACCUUCUGGGACCAGCAGGGGGAGGCAGAGAGGCAGCGGCGCUCGGAGAGCCAGGGGGACGGGCGGUGCAGGCUGCACCCCCUGGAGGUGGAUCUGCGGAUGUUCAGAGGCCUCACCUUCCCCUCCGCCAUAUCCAUCGGCAACUGCCAGGGGGCCUGCCGGGCCCCCCUGCUCCCCCAGGACGGCCUGGCCAACAACCACGCCCUGCUGCUGGUCCGCCUGCAGGAGGAGGGCCUGCCCCUGGCGCGCCCGCCCUGCUGCGUGCCUGUCCGCUACGAGGAGCGCCAGGUGGUGGAGAUCUCCAACCACCAGACCCUGGUCUCCUCCAGGCCCGAGAUGGCGGCUGUGCAGUGCGGCUGCCGCUGA